AUGUCCUCCAACCUCAUAACUCGUCUCCAACAAUCCUCCCAGGCUCCUCCUCCUCCUCUAUUGCGUCGUUCGUUGCCUUCAAACUUCGACUCAAGCAAUACAAACAUUGCAAAUAGCAACUUGAACACUUUAAACCCCAAUAUAUCUCUUCCAACCAUCAACAUCAGAACCUCGAAGAACUGGGUUCUACCUCCCAGACCUAAGCCCGGAAGAAAACCUUCUUCUCAUCACUCUUUGUCAAACAACUCCAAUAAUGAUUCCUCUCACAAUUCCAAGAAGCGUAAAUCGAGAGACCAAAAAUCCAAAAAGGAUCCAAAAUUCAAUUCAAAUCACUCACAAAACAGCAAAAUCAUCUCAAAUUCCUCCACAAAUUCAAAUGCCCCAAACAACAAUAACAAAAUGGAUCCAGUGUCUUUAAACAUUGCCCUCAAAUCUUUGCUCGAAAAUAACGAUUUCUCCUCUCAAAACAAACUCAAAAAUAAUAUCAUAAAUCCAAUCACCUCCAAUAGUAACAACAAUAACUUAAACAAUAACUCUUACAAUUACAAUAACUCCUACAACUAUAACUAUAACUAUAAUUACAACUCCUCCUCUCAAACUGCCUCCUACAAUUAUGAUACCUCAAUGGAAAACGCUCUCAAACAAGUUAAACAAGAGAACUCACAAUUGAAAAAUGAACUAUCAAAAUUAGUAAAUGAUUUAAAAUCUCUAAGACUGCAAGUGUCUACUUCAGAUAAAAAAGUUUCAUCCCAAUCAAAUUCAUUUUCAAAUUCAUUUUCAAAUAAAAAGUUUGUUAAUAGCAUCAUCAGCAAUAACAAUAACAAUAACAACAAUAGCAAUAAUAAUAAUAGCGAUAACAAUAUUCUUAAUAACAACCAAAUCAAUAAAUGCAACAACAACAACAACAACAUCUCAAACACCACUCCCUCCUUCAAUUCAAUCAACACUCACCACUCUUAUGACUCAUUUUCCUCAAACUCAUACUCAUCUCCUUCUAAUGAUAUUCAUGAAUCAAAUGAUAUCUCUGAUCUAAAUGACCUACUAUUUGAAGGCUCCUCUCCAAUAGACUCCCUCGGUAGUUUUGAUCAAAAUAUAAUAAGUAGAAAGAGAUCCUAUUUCGAUGACUCGGCUACAACAAUAUCCUCAACUCCAAGCUUAAUCUCCUCUCACUCAUUAUCCACAACAAUAAGCAACAUAAGUUCAAAUCUUGAUGCCCAUUUCCAUUUUGAUACAAUCCCUGAUUCAAUCUCCUACUAUAACUACAACAAUAAAAAUGUCUUUAAUUAUGAAGAAAUUAUAACCGGUUUGAAAAAAAAUAACUCUUCUUCAAAUAACAACUUCUCUAACUCUAACAUAACUAUUUCUAACAAUUCCAAUAACAACAACAAUAACAACAAUAACAACAACAACCUAAUGAAUAAUAAUAUAUUAAAUUUAGACAUUAAUUUGCCCUUUUCCCCAGAUUCUCAACUUUUUAACUCUGAUAAUGAUCCUGUAAUCUCUAACGAUCCUAAUGAUAAAUUUACUAAUACAUUUAACAACAACAAUAUUAAUAACAAUAAUAUUACCAUUUUUAACGAUAAUUCAACCAAUAUUCCAAGCAAUACUAAUACUAAUACUAAUGCUAAUAAUAAUAACAAUAAUAUUAAUAAUAUUAACUCCAACUCAAUUAAUGAAGCUACUAUUAACUUCGAUGAGAUCUUUAGUAAACCUAUCGAUAUUCCCCUAGUUACUCCUAGCGAUUCGCUACUUGAUAAUGAUGAUGAUAUGCUUGAUUUCACUUUCUUUAAGGAAAUUGAAAGAGAAUCAAAUGAUUUUAUACAUGAUAAAAAAUCAAGUUUUGCUUUUGAUUUUACAAAAUUUUAA